AUGGCGUCCAAUACCCCGGCCGUUGUCAUGGACAACGGUACGGGUUAUUCGAAGCUUGGUUUUGCAGGCAACGAUUCCCCAUCGUUCGUGUUCCCCACCGCCAUAGCGACGAAAGGCCCAACUGGUGGUGCAGGUGGUUCCGGAUCAGGACGUCCAGCCGUUGCGAAUAAGCCCUCUUUCUUGACUGGUGGUGCUGGUCCAAGUGGUCACCUCUCCGCCAAACGCGGUACCGAAGACUUGGACUUCUUCAUUGGCGAUGAAGCGCUCGCGGCCGCUGCGGGACCUGGGUAUGGCAUUCAUUAUCCUAUCAGGCAUGGGCAAAUAGACAACUGGGAUCUCAUGGAACGCUUCUGGUCAAACUCAAUAUUCAAGUACCUGAGAGUGGAACCCGAGGAUCAUUACUUUCUGCUCACUGAGCCGCCCCUAAACCCCCCGGAAAAUCGUGAAAACACCGCCGAGAUCAUGUUCGAAUCCUUCAACUGUGCGGGUCUCUAUAUUGCGGUGCAAGCUGUUCUUGCACUGGCGGCCUCCUGGACGAGCUCCAAAGUGCAAGACCGAUCUCUCACGGGAACAGUCAUCGACUCAGGCGCGGGUGUAACACACGUUAUUCCUGUUGCUGAAGGCUACGUCAUUGGAUCAUCUAUCAAGAGCGUCCCUAUCGCAGGACGAGACAUCACCAAUUUUGUACAGUCUCUUCUCCGAGAUCGCGGAGAGCCCGACUCUUCGCUCCAGACCGCCGAGCGCAUCAAAGAGGAGUUCUGCUAUGUCUGUCCAGAUAUUGUCAAGGAGUUCUCUCGCUUCGACCGGGAGCCCGAGGACCGUUUCCGGAAGUAUACUGUAAACUACCCCAAUGGCCGGUCCGUGCAGGUCGACGUCGGGUAUGAGCGUUUCCUAGCACCGGAGAUCUUCUUCAACCCGGAAAUCUACUCGUCAGAUUUCCUGACACCACUUCCCAACAUUGUCGACAAUGUGAUUCAGACAUCUCCCAUUGAUGUGAGAAGGGGUCUCUACAAAAACAUUGUUCUUUCUGGCGGUUCUACGCUAUACAAGGACUUUGGGAGACGUCUACAGCGCGACAUUCGGCAUCUGGUGGACGCACGAAUCAAGGCCUCGGAGGCCAGAAGUGGAGGCGCCAAGAGCGGAGGACUGGACGUUCAAGUCAUUACUCACAAGAGGCAGCGGCACGGUCCAUGGUUCGGCGGCAGUUUACUGGGUCAGACACCAGAGUUUAGGAGUUACUGCCACACCAAGGCGGAGUAUGAUGAAAUCGGCCCAAGCAUAGUGCGGAGGUUUGCGCUGUUGGGGGGCCCAGGGAGCACAUAG